UUUUUCCAGUUAUCAAAAAUACAGACUUGGAAAGAGGGGAAAAAUUUAAGGUUGGUUUGUUUAAGAUUCUAGCUGGUCGCUAAGUCCGCAGUAAAGUCGAUCUUGCGGAGAUUUUCAAGGUUAGGACCAGUUUGUUUGGCKGUCAGGUCAUGAAGUGGGUCACCUGAAGCGGGAAACGGAUCGCUCAAGCGAAAGAGCGGGACAAAGGAAGAGAUAUUCGCUCCAGUAAAUGUCAUGGAUUAACUCCAGUUAAGAGCUACAGUGCGAGAGCCAAGAGAAAGAAAUUGGCUUCAGAGAUGGAAGCUAACCAAUGGCAUGGCGUUGUCUUCACAAUCUUCGUCUUUUAUUUCCUUCCUUUGUGUACAGUCAAGGUCCAAUCAGAAUCGGUUUUGCCCAUCAAAUUUGUCCACCAUAACAACACGGAGAUGGAUGCUAUAUUAGACGCCCUUGCUUCUAAGUUUCCCAACAUAACGCGUCUGUAUUCUAUAGGCAAGACAUACCAAGGAAAAAAGCUUCGAGUCCUCGAAAUUACCAAAAAUCCAGGCAAGCACAUUGCUGGUAAACCGGAAUUUAAGUACAUAGGAAAUAUGCAUGGAAACGAAGUUGUUGGACGCGAGCUGCUGCUACUUUUAGCAGAACAUCUGUGUGAGGGCUAUGGAAGGUUACCGGGCAUCACUCAAAUGUUAGAUACCACAAGAAUACAUGUGCUACCGAGUAUGAACCCUGACGGAUGGGACAGUGCUACUGAAGGCGACUGCACUAGCGUCAUAGGGCGGUUCAAUUCAAAUGGCGUAGAUCUAAACCGGAAUUUUCCAGAUCCUUAUGACGAGCGACUAAACCCCUUACAACCUGAAACCAAAGCUGUCAUGAACUGGAUCAAAUCAGAGCCGUUUGUUCUGUCGGCGAACCUCCAUGGAGGCACUCUAGUCGCAAAUUACCCAUACGAUAACAUUCCCCCGGAGCUUAAGAUGUCGACCGUGCGCGUUUAUUACGGAUCACCGGAUGAUGACGUGUUUGUAAAGAUGUCUAAAGCCUACUCGUAUGAGCACCCUACCAUGCACAAAGGCGUGCCWAAGUGCUCGAUACAUCAUACUGAGAACUUUAAGGAUGGAAUCACAAAUGGUGCUGCGUGGUACCCGAUAUCGGGAGGGAUGCAGGAUUAUAACUAUUAUUUCAGUAACUGUUUCGAAAUUACACUCGAGCUUGGAUGCUGUAAAUUCCCUCCAGCUCGUUACUUAAGGGCGUACUGGUACGCAAAUCGAAGGGCCCUUCUCACGUACAUCGAUUUGGUGCACACCAUGGGAAUAAGGGGCUUCGUAUUGGACGAAGAUGGCAAUCCUAUUCCAGGUGCAAAGAUAAUUGUUGGAGAUCGUACCAAGAAAAUCAAGACUUGGAAAGAUGGUGAUUUCUGGAGGCUUGUCAAGGAGGGGACAUAUGUGGUCAAAGCAAGGAAGCAUGGAUAUAAAAACUCAAGAAAGAUCAUCAAAGUCUACGGUAACGUCAGCACGUUUGUUAACUUCACACUGGUGAAGAAAACCAAGGCAAUAAAGACUCAUGAUCUUGAUCUUAGUUCAGUUCUGUACGAAGCUGGUAAAAAUCUUUCGUUUCACGCGAAUAAGUACAAGACGAAGAGACUUAGGUUGUCAGUGGUUGACGGUGCAGGACACUGCGUUUGUUCUUGUUUUGCUUUGAGCUUGGCUAUGCUGGUGGUGCCUUUCGUUGUCAAUGUCUAUCAGUAGACCUUAUACUUUAAUACUAUACAAUAGUCUACUUUCACAGUUGCCUGCGCCAUCUUGAAAGGUAAUCAAGGCUUUGCAUCGAAGCGAGACGAACGGUGAACUUGCAAUGGUAGAGACCUUUCUUUAAUACCUUGGACAAUUAUUCACGUCUCUUUCAUUCCAAGCUCACCAUUCGUCUCGCUUCGAUGCAAAGGAACGGCUACAUUUCAAGAUGGCGCAGGGAACUGUGAAGGACUAUCGCUAAAAUAAAUAGAAAAAAUCAUCAUUAAUUCUAAAGCGCUUGAAUGCAAGGCCACGCGUGGUGGAAUUUAUUGUUCCAGUUUACAUAGCUGCCGCGUGAUAAAAGUCAAUGGUACUACCCAUAGAAAACCAAAGUGCGCUGUCUUAAUAUUGUACAUAUCAUAUAUCCGUUAAAAAAAUUGUAAGAAAUUGCACAACUUAGUAAGACCUCGGUAGACCGUAGACCUACAAAACUUUGCACUAAUUUGUACAAUUUCGUUAGUUAAGUUUUUCACGAAUAUAUGGUAAAAACUCUAGGAAAAACAAGAGACUAACCAAGCCAAUGAGAAGGAAAAUAGAGAAAUAAAAAUAAUGGAAAAUUCUUUCAUACUUUCCAACUCAACCAUGUAUAUAUAUAUAUCUAUAUUACGUUUCUCGACAAAGGACACUUAGUCCGCAAUGACAUGUUGGGCCACGCCCAAUCGUGGGAUAAAAUUUUAUGUAAGAGUUUUUUUAUAAUUUAAAAAGUCACUAUUACCAGUUAUAUUUGAUCAACGUGAUUUUUAAAAAUAAAAUAAAAUAAUCAAUGUAUAUUACAGGGAAAUUUUGUACGACUGCGAAAAGUACGGACGUCCCGUACCGUGUUCAAGCAUUUUGGUUGGAUAAGCAGUGAUCUCGCGGAUCUGAUUGGUCCAAUGAUUGUUGUCAAAUCUGUGCCGCUAUGACCAAUAAAGUUGUCUUUAAUUAAUA